AGGUAUGCAGAGUAAAAAUACAGCUAGCAAUUACGGAGUACUCCGUAUACAUAGUCGUAUUUAGAGUAGAAACGAAGGCACACACCUACCUUCCCUUUUCUCUCAUUAUUUUUGUUUUCUUUUUAACUCACUCAUCUUGUAAACGCACAGCGCACUUCUCUUCUUUUCUCUCUCCUCUUUCUAACUUUAGUACUCUUCCUCCACUACUUCCCAGUUCCCACACUGCUACAUUUUACUCUCCCAUUGAUCAUCACAAGGAAAUUGAACCUAAUUGUCGUUCGUAGUAGGAAACAAAACGUAUAAGAGGAAAAUGAGUGGGACAAAGUUGAUGGAAGAGAUAGACUGUGCAAACUUCUUCGACCAAAUUGACGACCUUCUUGAGUUCCCAAACGACGACGUUGAGAAAAAUUUGGUUGAUAACGGUGCUACAAUUGAUCAGUACAACGAUUUUCCGCCUGUUUUUUGGUCGGAAAAUUCGCCGGUUUUUUCCUCCGCCCAUAGUAACACCGCCUCCGACCUCUCCGCCCAACUCUCCGUUCCCUAUGAGGACAUUGUUCAGCUGGAGUGGCUAUCGACAUUCGUGGAAGAUUCGUUUGCCGGUGCAGAUCUAACGGUUGAUAAAAGUCAGUGUACGUCCUCUACCAAAGAGUCCCCCCGGAAUCAUUUUCAAAUAUCAAGUCCUAUAUCGGUCCUUGAGAGCAGCAGCAGUUGCUCUAGAGGAAAUGCAGUCCCAGUCAGUCAUGAAAAACGUAAACGUGCUCGCAGUAAGCGCCGUCGUCCUGCUUCUUUCAACCCUCGUGCUCACCCGACGUCGUCUUCUAUUAACGAAACACAUUAUUCAUUGUUCACCCCAUACCCAUAUCCAUAUCCGUUGUUGUUUGAGUCUGAGAAUUUUGUUCAGAAAAAGAAAAAGAAGAUCAAGAUUCUACCUCCGUCAGGUGGAAUAAGCAAAAGCCAAAGCCAAAAUCAGAAUGAGAAUCCGAAUGCAAACACUGGAUCACAAGCGGUGAGGAAAUGCAUGCAUUGUGAAAUUACAAAAACCCCACAAUGGAGGGCUGGCCCAAUGGGCCCAAAAACCCUUUGCAACGCAUGUGGUGUCCGGUACAAGUCAGGCCGUCUGUUCCCUGAGUACCGCCCUGCGGCAAGCCCGACUUACAUCCCAACCAUACACUCCAAUUCUCACAAGAAAGUCCUUGAGAUGAGAACCAAACCCAAUGAUGACUUUAGCUGCUUGCAGGAACCCAAGCUUAUCCCAAAAACUGCUCUCCCAUCACCAUAUAUGUGAUCACCGAGUUGUCUGAUUGCCAGAGUGGCAUUCUAGUGUAAUUUGUUAUUCUUUCUUAAUUACUAUUCUACAUAUAUCUUGGUUCAUUGGUUUUUUGUAUAGAGGGGGCGGGCCGGCGGGGUUAAAAAUAGCAGCAAUAGGUAACCAUAUGUUUAGCUUAAGUAGUUGAGGAAUUAAGAAGAGGAGAUUAAGGUAAGCGGAACAGAAGUUGAGAGAUCAGCAAAUACAAAGUUUGUAGACCUAAGGUGUACGUUUAGGUAUAGGUAAAUUUUAUUUAGUUUUCGAGGUCAUUAGGUAAUAUCAGUCUGUUUGUUUUACCUUCCCAUUUUAUUCAUCCUUUUGAAUUCUUUUUUUUUUUUUUUAAUCUGUACGGAUAUUCUUUUUGAAGUUGGUUUUGUCAGCCAGGAAAUUUCUGAAAUGAACUUUUUUUUUACCCAGUUA